CUGUGUCCCUCGGACACAACGGAUCACCGAUCCACGGAAAGAGCCAAAGAUGUCGGCUCGGUCAUGUGAUCAGCUGUGUCCAAUCACAGCUGAUCACAUCAGCGACACCUGUCAGUGUCCAUCAAUGCCAGCUCUCAGUGCUCAUCCAUGCCACCUGCCAGUGCCCAUCAGUGCCACAUAUAAGUGCCCAUCUGAGCUGCCUUUCAGUGUCACCCAUCAGUGCAACCUAUCAGUGCCACCUAUCAGUGCCACCUAUCAGUGCCACCUAUCAGUGCCCGUCAGUGCCGCAUCAGUGCCCGUCAGUGCUGCCUAUCAGUGCCGCCUAACAGUGCCAGUCAGUGCCGCCUAUCAGUGCCAUAUAUGAGUGCUGCCUUUCAGUGCCCAUCAGUGAUGCCUGUCAAUGCCCAUCAGUGCCACCUACCAGUGCCUCCUCAUCAGUG